CGAAGAUGGCGGCGUGUAGACGUAUGCAGCAGUUGCUGCUGUUGAUAUUCAUCUCCGGCUGGAUGUCUUCCGCUCUCGGAGGCAAACUGGACGCUGGAAACGCCGCGGAUAACCGUGAGAGAGGCAGAAACGCGGCGGGAGAGGGCAAGGCUGCGGCGCUGCGCAGCGGCGGCUGGAAGCUCGCGGAGGAGGCGGCCUGUCGGGAGGACGUGAGCCGGUUUUGCCCCAAACAAUCCUGGAACAACAACCUGGCCGUGCUCGAGUGCCUGCAGGACCGACAAGACGAGACUGAGAUCACUGCAGACUGCAAUCAUCUGCUGUGGAACUAUAAGCUGAAUCUGACGACUGAUCCGAAGUUCGAGUCUGUCGCCGUCGAGGUGUGCAAGACCACCAUCAGUGGGAUUAAGGAGUGUGCCUCUGAGGAGCGUGGGAAGGGUUACCUGGUGUCCUGUUUGGUAGAUCACCGCACCAACAUCUCAGAGUACCAGUGUAACCAGUACAUCACCAAGAUAGCCAGCAUCGUCUUCAGCGAUUACCGGCUGAUCUGCGGCUUCAUGGACCAGUGCAAGGACGACAUCAACAAACUGCACUGUGGAAGCAUCAACACUGGAGAGAAGGACAUCCACUCUCAGGGCGAGGUGAUCGCGUGUCUGGAGAAAGCUCUGGUGUCUGAAGCCGAGGAGCAGCCGAGGCAGUACACCAUCAGAGAGGAGUGUAAGAAGUCCAUCAUGCGUGUGGCAGAGCUCUCCUCCGACGACUUCCACCUCGACCGUCAUCUCUACUUCGCCUGUCGCGAAGACCGCGAGCACUUCUGUGAAAACACUCCGGCAGGAGAAGGAAAGGUCUACAAAUGUCUGUUCAACCACAAGUUUGAGGAGAGCAUGUCAGAAAAGUGCAGGGACGCUCUCUCCACUCGUCAGAAGCUGAUCGCUCAGGACUACAAGGUCAGCUACUCGCUGGCUAAAGCCUGCAAACCAGACCUGCGUAAAUACCGCUGCAACAUGGACACGGCCAUGCCUCGCGGCAGAGAGGCCAAGCUCUCGUACCUGCUGCUGUGUCUGGAGGCAGCCGUGCACCGAGGUCAAACCGUGAGCGGCGAGUGUCAGGGAGAGAUGCUGGACUACAGGCGCAUGCUGAUGGAAGAUUACUCGCUCAGUCCCGAGAUCGUGCUGCAGUGUAGAGGAGAGAUCGACACGCACUGCUCCGGCCUGCACCACAAGGGGCGAACCCUGCACUGCCUCAUGAGGGUGUCCCGGGACAAGGGCGUCUUGGAAGGACAAUGCCAGAAAGCUCUCCAGACACUGAUACAGGAAACGGACCCCGGGGCCGACUAUCGCAUCGAUCGCGCUCUGAACGAGGCGUGCGAGUCCGUCAUCCAGACCGCCUGCAAACACAUCCGAAACGGAGACCCCAUGAUCCUGUCGUGUCUGAUGGAGCAUCUGUACACUGAGAAGAUGGUGGAAGACUGUGAACACAGAUUGCUGGAGCUGCAGUACUUCAUCUCCAGAGACUGGAAACUGGACCCUGUCCUGUACAAGAAGUGUCAGAACGACGCGGCCCGCAUCUGUCACACUCACGGCUGGAACGAGACCAGCGAGUUCAUGCCUCCCGGAGCCGUUUUCUCCUGUCUGUACCGGCACGCUUACCGCACCGAGAUGCAGGGACGACGGUUAUCUCGGGACUGUAAGACAGAGGUUCAGAGGAUCCUCCACCAGAGGGCUCUGGAUGUGAAACUGGAUCCAUAUCUACAGAAGCGAUGCAUGACAGACCUCGGGAAGUGGUGCAGUGAGAAGAUUGAACCUGGACAGGAACUGGAGUGCUUGCAGUAUCAUUUAGAUGAUCUGGUCCCUAGCUGCAGGGAUGUGGUGGGAAACCUCACAGAAUUGGAGUCCGAGGACAUUCAGAUCGAGACCUUGUUGAUUCGAGCCUGUGAGCCUGUGAUCCAUUCCUACUGUCACGAGGUGGCUGAUAAUCAGAUCGACACAGGGGACCUGAUGGAGUGCCUCGUUGCCAAUAAGCACCAGAAGGAAAUGAACGAGAGAUGUGCUGUUGGAGUCACACACUUCCAGCUGAUCCAGAUGAAGGACUUUCGCUUCUCGUACAAGUUCAAGAUGGCGUGCAAGGAGGAUGUGCUCAAACUGUGCCCCAACAUCAAAAAGAAACUGGAUGUGGUGAUCUGUCUGAGUACCACGGUAAGAAACGACACUUUACAGGAAGGCAGAGAGCAGCGGGUUUCCAUGAAGUGCCGUAAACAGCUCCGAGUGGAAGAGCUGCAGAUGUCUGAGGACAUUCGUCUGGUGCCGGAUCUGUACGAGAGCUGUAGGCAGGACAUCAAGCAGCUCUGUCAGAACGUGGUGUUUGGAAACGCUCAGGUGAUCGAGUGUCUUAAGGAAAACAAGAAGCGGCUGUCCCAGCAAUGCCAUCAGAAAGUCUUCAAACUGCAGGAGACGGAAAUGAUGGACCCAGAACUCGACUUCCAGCUCAUGAGAGUCUGCAAGCAGAUGAUCAGGCGUUUCUGCAGUGAAACCAAUGCAGAGAACCUCUUACCGUGUCUCAAACAAAACAAGAACAGCGAACUAAUGGAUCCAAAGUGCAAACAAAUGAUUACCAAGAGACAGAUCACCCAGAACACAGACUACCGUCUGAACCCUGUGCUGAGGAAGGCUUGCAAAGCAGACAUCCCGAAGUUCUGCCAGGGCAUUCUGAACAAUGCUAAAGACGACAACGAGCUGGAGGGGCAGGUCAUCUCCUGCCUCAAACUCAAAUACGCAGACCAGCGUCUCUCUCCGGACUGCGAGGGCCAGAUCAGUGUCAUUCUGCAGGAGUCCGCGCUGGACUACAGACUCGACCCGCAGCUGCAGCUCCAGUGCACUGAUGAGAUCCUGCGACUCUGUGCGGAGGAAGUAGCUGCGCAGGAGCAGACGGGUCAAGUUGAGGAGUGUCUGAAACUCAACCUGCUGAAGAUCAGCCACGAAGGCUGCAAAAAGGAGGUCCUCAACAUACUGAAGGAGAGCAAGGCGGACAUCUUUGUGGAUCCGGUUCUGCACACAGCAUGCGCCCUGGACAUUAAGCACCAGUGUGCUGCAAUCCCUCCGGGCCGAGGAAGACAGAUGUCAUGUCUGAUGGAGGCUCUCCAAGAUAAGCGUGUGAGACUCCAGCCGGAGUGUAAGAAGAGAUUACAGGACCGCAUUGACAUGUGGAGUUACGCCGCUAAGGUGGCUCCAGCAGAAGGGUUCUCGGACCUGGCCGAGCAGGUUUUAACAUCACCUGCGAAGAGCUACAUCCUGAGCAUGUUGGCGACGUGCGUGAUCCUGCUGUUCCUCAUGGGUCUGCUGUGCGGCCGCAUCACCAAGCGUGUGAUGCAGGAGUUGAAGGACAGAAAACUUGGUCACCCAUGGGUUGCACCCUUCAGCAAGGACAGGAAAGGAUACAUUCAAAUUGAAUAACAAGAAUCGACACUGUUAUUCAGAUCAGAUCACAUGGCUUGGGCUUG